UGCUCGGGGCCGCCGCCGCCUGAGGGCCGGUCCGGUCCGGUCCGCUCGGGUCCCGGCGGAGCGCUGGCGGGGCGGCCGCCAUGGGGCUGGGAUCCAGCUCCGAGGGCCCCGGCGGCGGCGCCGAGGGCUUCCACGUGCACGGGGUUCAAGAAAACUCCCCAGCCCAACAAGGAGGACUGGAACCUUUCUUUGAUUUCAUCAUUGCCAUAGGACACACGAGGCUUAACAAGGAAAACAAUAUGUUGAAAGACCUGCUGAAGGCAAAUGCUGAGAAGGCAGUGAAGCUGGAGGUGUAUAACAUCAAAACAAUGAAAAUACGAGAGGUAGAGGUGAUCCCCAGUAACAUGUGGGGAGGACAAGGCCUCCUUGGAGCCAGCGUGAGGUUCUGCAGCUUCCAGGGAGCAAAUGAACACGUCUGGCAUGUCCUGGACGUUGAGCCAUCGUCUCCUGCAGCUCUGGCUGGUCUCCAGCCAUACACUGACUACGUUGUUGGAUCUGAUCAGAUUCUCCAGGAGUCAGAGGAUUUCUUUUCCCUGAUUGAAUCCCAUGAGGGGAAGCCACUGAAGCUGAUGGUUUAUAACACUGAAGCAGAUUCCAUCCGAGAGGUAGUUGUGACUCCCAAUGGAGCUUGGGGUGGAGAAGGAAGUUUAGGAUGUGGCAUAGGAUAYGGCUAUUUGCACAGAAUUCCAACACAGUCCAUGACAUCAAAGAAAAAGCCAGAAAGCAUAUCACCUUCACCCUCGCCAGAAGUUGGAACUCCUGUGCCAUCCACUAAUGGUUACACAGAGACUCCAUUAUUGGCACCUACCUCUCAGAAUGACAGCUCUGAAACAGUUAUGAACUUAGAUCAUCCCACAGAGCAAGACAUGAGUGGUUAUUCACCAGAAAGCUCCCUUUCUCCUCCUCCCCCUCUCCAGAGAGUUAUGGAUCCAGGAUUUCUGGAUAUGUCUGGAAUUUCAGUUUCUGAGCUCACAAGCUUAACAGAAGUGUCCAACCUCCCCCCAUCUGCCUCCUUCAACAUGCCAGCAGCAGAUGUUUCCGCAGGCCCUGAAACAUUCAUGUCAAAUAGCGAAGCCUCUGCUUAUUUUGAAAAUGCUACAGCUUUGGACCCUGAAGGUGUAACCCUGUAUCCUGAAGGAUCAAGCACRCAGCCCACAUUGGAUGCCCUCCUGCCUUCAAUUCCAUCUUUACCUUCUCUUGAUCUUCCUCACGACAUUUCUUCAAAAACAACACUAGGAACUGAUGCUGAUAACCAGGAAUCCAAGGUGCUUGUGAACAGCAYUGAGAGCUCAUUAACCACUGCUCCAGACACACCAGAGGAUGAAGCAGCAAGUGAACAGAAAGGAGAAGCAGCUGCACAGGAUCCUGAGUGAAAUGGACCCUGCUGGUGUUUACAGACAGCUGAAUGCUGCAGUGCUACAACUUGGAAUAGUUUCCUGAUYUUGAAAGACUUACAGUUACUCUAUUUUGUUAGUGUAGACAAUACUAGAAGAGAAAUCACAUGAAGUACAUAUACUGUUGUCUUCUCCAAUCACUGUUUAAUGGAUUGGUCUAUACUCAGAAUUUGAAUGCUGUCCAAAAUCACCAGAUCAAUAGAGAAAUUGAUGCAGAAACAAGUUGGACACUGACAAAAUGUCAAGUUCCGGAAUUCACAUUUGCCUACAAGUGCUCCUGAAUGUACUUAUGAAGGCACUGUGCCUGAACAGUGACACUUAGUGAUGAUUUUUAUCAGUAUGUUUGAUGACAUUAAAAAUAUUUAUAGUUUUGAUUUGUUAGAAAGCUUUUCUAAUGGUACACCUUGAUUAGUUCUCGUGACUUGCAAGGCAUUUCUUACACUAAGAUACUUUUACUCCUAUUUACUAUUGUACUCUUACAAGACUUUUAUUUUUCUUGGUUUAAGUCCCUUCUCUGCAGCAGUUCUUUAUGUACCUCCUUUAUACCUACUUGCAGGAAUGAAAUACAAUGGGGUUUGAAGCUGCAGCCCCAAAUGGGACAAAGCCAUGGUGGUGGAUCUUGUUAUUCACUUCUGCUCUUCCCUGGACCAGAUGGUGGCCUUGCAGUUAAAUAAACAUAAUAAACAGUUAAAUAAUAAAAUUGAGGAGGUAGGGAAUGUCAGUGGUUACUUGAAACAAGUGAAGAUGAUUUUAAAGUAGGGUGAUGAACCUUUUUGGUGCAGAUUGAAGGUCUUGGCUUCUGUAUUGACUGAGAAAUAGCUUUUCUUUGUUUGUGCUUUCCUAUUUACUCAUUUCUAUUUUUAUACAAAUCGUAAAUUUAAGACAUGGGGCUCUUGUGCAGCACCAGCAAUUGCUUUUUUGUAGCUUUUUUGUUUGCACUUGUCUCCAAAUCGCUUCUGAAUGUAACGGCAAACAUGACAUAAACAAUGAAAGACGGGUGGUUUUAUAACCCUCAGGGCAGUGAUGUAUCAUGGAAUGUCAAAGCUGCUGAUAGCAAAUAAUACAGUUACUGUGGUGAAAAUCCUUUCUAAAUUAAGAGGAUGGCAUACAAGACUGUGUUGUGUUUAGGCUAUAAACUAAAGUACACAUACUUAGCACACUAUUGCCUGAUUCCCUUUUCCCUGCCCUGUCUCCUGCUCUGUUUCUGCACUGCAGAUCAGUGACUGACAGCUGACUGGACUGAAAUUUGGUACUGAUGCAGGGGAGUCCUACAGAUCUGCCUGUGACAGCUCAGCUUCAGCCAAAGGAUGCAGGCAAGUCACAGCACAUGAGGGCUUCACAUGAGUCCACCCUGACAUGAAAUCUGUCCUUGAUAGUUCUGCAUCUCUGGUGUUAGUCUGAAAUACUGCAAGUACAGUAGUUCUGAACAGGAUUGUCACAAUAGCUGUUGCUCUAAAGAAUGUAUUGAGCUCUAAGUGCAGGCAGUAGAAUUGACAGUGGAUUCUAGUCUGCUAAAUGGUCUGUUAAUUGUGAGCCAAUUUUAUUUUCUAUAUUACUAAAUUAAAUUCCCUGUUCUCUUCCCCCAGCUGACUGUUACAAGGGUGAACAGCCAAACACUAAAAAUAAAUGUAGUUUAAACUAUUCCUAAGUUUGUUUGAUCUUGGAGCCUGAUGCCUGAAGACAUCUARGUGGUGUUUUAUUGAUGUUGUUUAUUUAGGACUGUUUCUACUCUAGCUCACAAAUGGCUGUAAGAGSGUAAUGUCUCAUUUAAGUCACCAUAAACACGUUUUAGAAAUCUAAGAGCAGGGAGUGUCAAAACUCAUCCUAAAUUUCAAAUGUCACCAUAAUAAAUGGCUUAAACUUACUUCAGCCUGUGUCC